AUGGGGCCCCCAGGCAAUAGGGGAUCAUGGGGCCCCUGUGUCCUUGCCCAAACUCAAAAAAAGCCUAUGAAAAAGGUACCAGGAGCAUCUCAUGGGGCCCCCUACUGACCCCGAGCCCUCAAACAGUGCCCGAGUUUCCAAAUGGUCAGUCCGCCCCUGGGCUGGUGUGAAUUGAAGCUGCAGGGGCGGACUGACAACUCAUGGGGCCCCCGGGCAAUAGGGGAUCAUGGGGCCCCUCUGUCCUUGGCCAAACUCAAAAAUGUCUAUGAAAAAGGUACAAGGGGCAUCUCAUGGGGCCCCUACUGACCCUGGGCCUCGGCAGUGCCCGAGUUUCCAAAUGGUCAGUCCAUCCCUGGUCUCUUC